AUGCCGCUUCUCGCAAUAGGUAAAAGUGCAAAACUGCUUGCGUUCAAGAAUUUUCCUGCUAUGCACCAGGCGAAUAAAAAAGCUUGGUUGCGUGGUGACAUUUUCGAAUCUGAGAUGAGAAAUUUUAACCGUCGUAUGAGAAACGUAAAUCGAAAAGUUGCUAUGAUCGUCGACAACUGCUCAGCCCGUCCACAAAUUGAACUGGAAAACGUCGAGCUGAUCUUCCUCUCACCAAAUACCACGUCUGUAAUGCAAUCUAUGGACGCAGUAACUAUUAAGGACUUGAAAUUCCACUACAGAAAAAUAUUAGCUGGCCGACGACUAGCAGCCGCUGAAAACAAUCAAGAUUUCAAAUGGGACAUUCUGGAUUGUUUACUAGUUGUGAAAUUCAGCUGGACGAUGGUCAAAUGCGAAACUGUCCGAAACUAUUGGAAGAAAGUCAGUUUCGUCAAACAACCGGCGAACGAAAGUGCGGAAGAGACGAGUGGCGUUAGAAUUGGGGACAAUGAAAUCCAGGAUGAUGAUGAUGAUGACCACACGGUUUUUCGAAACAUUUGGGAUCGUCUAAAUAACAUUUGGGGCGUAGAACUUUCGCUAUUAGAUGUGAAUAUCGAUUCGGCUGAUGUCAGUACUACCGAGGAUUGGACUGAUGAGGAGAUUGUCGCAGAAUUAAGAAGCUCCGCAGAUGACACGUGUUGA